AAGAUUUUUUGCGGAGGCUGUGACUUCUCGGUCGGAUUUUCCUCCGUCUCGGAGCUGUGUGGAGCUGAUUUACUCCUUCCCUGUAGUCACACCAUGUUCCAAAAGCCCCUGCGUUCUUACCGUUUAUUCUCGCUAUCUCUGCUGUGCAUCCCUUCCCCACAGGGGCGUAGAGGUUGAAGCAACAAUUUGUAAUUGUCCCCCAUCCCCUACCCAAAUUCCUCUAUCAUUAUGACCCUGCUCUGGACUUGAUUUCUCCUUUUAUAUUAUUUUGUGUGGUUUCCUCUAUAUUCUUGAAACCCUCCCCCUCUGAAAUUUUUCAUUUUUUAAAAAAAGAAGAAAAAAAAACAUUUUCUGGUGGUCUUGGAUAUCUGGAAAGAUGGGGGUGAAUGCUGUUCACUGGUUCCGGAAGGGCUUGAGGCUCCAUGAUAACCCAGCUCUGCGGGAAUGUAUCCAAGGGGCAGACACCGUCCGAUGUGUCUAUAUCUUGGAUCCCUGGUUUGCUGGAUCUUCCAAUGUGGGAAUCAACAGGUGGAGAUUUCUGCUGCAGUGUUUGGAAGACCUUGAUGCCAAUCUGCGGAAGUUGAACUCGAGAUUGUUUGUGAUCCGUGGGCAGCCUGCUGAUGUAUUUCCUCGGCUUUUCAAGGAAUGGAAAAUUACAAAGUUAUCCAUUGAGUAUGACUCUGAGCCAUUUGGGAAGGAACGAGAUGCAGCCAUCAAGAAGCUUGCGAGUGAAGCUGGCGUGGAGGUCAUUGUACGCAUUUCACAUACCUUGUAUGACUUGGACAAGAUUAUCGAAUUAAAUGGUGGCCAGCCACCACUGACCUAUAAAAGAUUUCAGACUUUGAUCAGCAAAAUGGAUCCGCUGGAGAUUCCCGUAGAAACCAUUACAGCGGAAGUUAUGGAAAAAUGCACCACUCCUGUGUCCGACGAUCACGAUGAGAAAUACGGGGUUCCUUCCUUGGAAGAAUUAGGCUUCGAUACAGAAGGACUGCCAUCUGCUGUGUGGCCUGGAGGAGAAACGGAAGCUCUCACUCGCUUAGAGAGACACCUGGAGAGGAAGGCAUGGGUUGCAAACUUCGAAAGGCCCCGGAUGAACGCCAACUCCCUUCUUGCAAGUACUACCGGUCUUAGCCCCUACUUGCGGUUUGGAUGUCUGUCUUGUCGUCUGUUCUACUUCAAGCUUACCGAUUUGUAUAAAAAGGUAAAGAAAAACAGUUCACCCCCGCUGUCUCUCUAUGGGCAGCUUCUGUGGCGUGAAUUUUUUUACACUGCAGCCACAAACAACCCUCGCUUUGAUAAGAUGGAUGGUAACCCAAUAUGUGUCCAGAUUCCUUGGGAUAGAAACCCAGAGGCACUAGCUAAAUGGGCAGAGGGACGCACUGGGUUUCCCUGGAUUGAUGCGAUCAUGACACAACUGCGUCAGGAAGGCUGGAUUCAUCAUCUGGCUCGUCAUGCUGUGGCAUGUUUUCUCACUAGGGGAGACCUCUGGAUUAGUUGGGAAGAAGGAAUGAAGGUAUUUGAGGAGCUGCUACUCGAUGCUGAUUGGAGCGUGAAUGCAGGAAGUUGGAUGUGGCUGUCCUGCAGUUCCUUUUUCCAGCAGUUUUUUCACUGUUACUGCCCCGUUGGCUUUGGAAAAAGAACUGACCCCAAUGGAGAUUAUAUCAGACGUUAUUUGCCUAUUCUGAAGGGCUUUCCCCCAAAGUACAUUUAUGACCCAUGGAAUGCUCUUGAGACAGUCCAGAAAGCAGCAAAGUGCAUUAUCGGAGUGAAUUACCCCAAACCAAUGGUGAACCAUGCUGAAGCAAGCCGCCUGAACAUUGAGAGGAUGAAACAAAUAUACCAGCAGCUGUCUCGAUACAGAGGACUGGGUCUUCUCGCAUCAGUGCCUUCAAAUCCAAAUGGGAAUGGUGGGUUGAUGAGUUAUUCUCCAGGAGAGAGCAUGCCUGGUUGUAGCAACAAUGGAGGAGGUCAGAUGGGAGCAAUUGAAGGGAGUUCUGCCAGUAAUCCAAACCCUAACCAGGGAGAAGUGCUUCCUGGGACUUCAGGACUUCAAGGAUAUUGGCAAGGGAGCAGCAUUCUACAUUACAGCCACAGUGACAACCAGCAAUCUUACUUAAUGCAAGCCAGGAACCCACUCCAUUCUGUGGUAUCUUCAGGCAAGCGACCAAAUCCAGAAGAAGAGACUCAGAGUGUUGGACCGAAAGUCCAGCGGCAAAGCACUCAUUAAACUGAUUUUGGGGAAUAUCUCCAUAACCAGAAGAGAGAAUAUUUGAAUGAACAGUACCAGCUGCACAUGUAAAUGUAAAAUUGGAUACAUUUCUUUUACACAAGACAAAAAAAUAAAACGUGAUCUUUGUGUCCUGUCAUAAACUAAUCUGUCUGUAAGAGCUUCAUUUAUCUCUGUAUUUCUAUGGUUUUUAUCUCUGAGCUAUUUCAAUAAGCAGUUUUGUAUAUAUAACGGGAAUUAUUUUGUGUGACGCUUGCUUACAGACGUGUAAAUAUGAAUAUCCAUGAACUAGAUGUAGGCUGCGCAAUAUAUUUUUGAUAAUAAAUGUUUUAUGGAGACAAUGUUAUCCCUGUAAAAUUCACUUUUUUAUGUAUAUACUAAUGAGACCUGUUCAAUAAAGCCUGAUAAGUGCAUUGUCUAAAAA